CUCACAGAAGGCUCUCUGUGAUGGAAAUGUGAAGUAUGCGAGGCAUCUUGGUUCUCCUCUUGGCCCAUCUCUCUUUCCCUCUCUUGCUAUAGCUUUCUUGCUUGUUUUCUUUCACCUACCAGCAAUCUUUUUUCUCGCUUCUGCUGCCGAACCUGUGGAGACGAAUUAGUCCACGUGAGAGACGGCACAGAGUCUCUGAAUCUCAUAUUUGUAUAUUGAUUUGGAAACCUUGACUUAAUUGUCAGAAUCUUUUGUAGAACAAACAACAAAGUUGAUCCUAUGGAAAGAAGACUAGUAGCUGAUGUACCUGAUGAAAAUAAACUUUGGCAACUGGUAGAGAUUGUUGAUCCUCUUCACUGUCUAGUGGUUACGAUGCCGCCGUAUAGUAAAGAACCUGCUAAUAAGGUAAUAACAACUUUCAUGUCACCUGCACUGGCCUCAACCUACCUGGCAUUUCAUCCUUUGAACAGCAACAUCAUAACGAUUGUAACAGAAAAUUCAAUCAUUCACAUUUACUAUCUUAGAGUUGAUGAGGUGAUCAGACCAAAAUUCAAGUGCCAUCAGAAACACAUUCCUGGAUUUGCAUUUUCCGUCAACCUUAAAGUCAUGGUUUCAUCAGAGGCUGAUGCUCAAUCUCAACUACGCUUUUGGAACAUGGAUACCUGGGAUAAGAGGAAAUUAGUUAGGAUUCAACUGCCAACUGGAAAGGCGCCUACUGGUGAUACUCAAGUGCAAUUCUACUCUGAUCAAAUCCUGUUGUUGGUAUUGGUUAAGACUCAACCAGCACUAUAUGAUGGUGCCAAAACAGAAUGCAUUCAGCAGUGGAUGCCACGAGAUGUGCUGCCUGCACCGAUAACAUGUGCAGCAUAUUCCCUGAAUAAUCAACUCUAUGGGGCUUUAUCUGAUAGCAAUGUUGGAGUAUUUGAUACUGACAGUCUGAAACUUAGAUGUCGUAUAGCCAUGUCAGUGUACUUUGUAGAAGCAUCCCGCAACAGGUUCAAGGUUCCUCAACCUGGUUCAAACGCUGGGAUUGGUGCUGUGCUAGUGACUGCUCAGGAAGUGGAAGCUCAUAGUGAAAAGGGUCUGCUUGUUGGAGCGGUUGCAGAGAGUGAUGCUACUGAGGACCCCAUUUUUCCUGGAGAGCGCAUGAGCAAGAUGAAGGACGCAGCUGGGGUAUCUCUCAGAGUAUUUUUGGCGACACCAGGAGGAAGAUUUUUACUGUUGCUGAGACUGAGCUCAACAAAACUGCUGCUGCUGCUGCUGAUCUCCAAGGCAGUUGAAUACACAACACUAGUGAUUUACACUACUGCUUCCAUGAUCCAUCUUUAGUCUUUUCGAUUUAGGGUUUGAAGUAGGAUGCCCGGUGCUAUAAUGGUCAUGCAUGGCAUGUAUUUUGAAGAGAAAACAAGUUAAUAUGGCGGCUGAACAGAAAUUAGUUGGCUUAGUCACGGUUUUAUUCUGAAGAGAAAAUAGUUGUUAUUAUGGUGGCUUGGAGUCUUUGACAUGAAAUUGCUAAUGUUUGAUACUUUGAUUAUUGAUUAGUACUAAAAGAAUUACC